AAAUGGCUUUGAUGGGCCGCAUGUGGCCCGCGGGCCAUAGUUUGGGGACCCCAGGGAUAAUGGGAUGAAGGGUCCCCCAAAAGUCACACCACAGACAUACAUGUUUAUCUUUACACAUUAUCACAAUUGACGUAUUGUGAAUCUAAAGGAAAAUUCUGCCUCAGGUCUUGAUGACAAGUAUCACUGUUCCAGCUGUGAAUAAGAUAUGUCUUAAUCACUAUGUUAUAAAAAUGAAUAUAAUGACACACUGAAGCCAUCUCCUAAGAGUUAUUAUAAGGCUGCUUCCUUGGAAUAAGCUUUAGCCUAUCCCAAAUAAGUAACUUUCUAGGCUCUGUAACAAGAACGUAUACAAUAAAUGGUUAAUAGAAAAGGGAUCCCCACUCCCAAAAAUUUAGUAGGCUGUCUUAUCACUGGCAUGCAUAUUUUGCUCUACAUCUGCUCUACCUCAUUGGGGAAAAACUUGAAACUAUUAUCAAAAGAUCACAGCCCCUCCUCUCUCAUGAACAAGCUUUGGGGAAUGUGGGUAUGUAUAAGAGAGUAAGACUGACAGAAAACUAGCCAGAUAAAGAAAAGCCACCAGACUGUCAGAGUGGUAGGUAAAAAGCUGGUAGGUGGACAUGUUCUUUACCUUCAGUGCCAAAAGGAAGUACCAGAGGAAUGGGACAUGAGAGCAACUUUGGGAUAAGAGGUAUGGCAAUACGUUCUUAUUAAUACUUUUUCCUGCCUUGCUAGAUGAUGGAUUGCAAACCAAGGAUGGAAAGUUUGGACCCCAGCUCAACCAAGGACUCACUGCUGAUGGAUGUUGAAGGAAUCCUUUACCCCAAGGAAACUGGGAUGUAUUGGGAGGAGAUACAGAACUUUAAAGCUCGGCCUGAUGAUCUUCUUAUUUGCACUUACCCCAAAGCAGGGACUACUUGGAUGCAGGAAAUUGUGGAUAUGAUCCAACAUGGAGGAGACCCAGAGAAAUGUGCUCGGGCUCCGAUCUAUCAACGCAGUCCCUUCGUAGGGUGCAGCUUUCGAGUUUCCAUCCCUACAAGCAUUGAAAAAAUAAACGCAAUGCCCUCUCCACGCACACUCAGAACCCAUUUCACAGUUCAGCACCUACCACCUUCCUUUUGGGAUCAGAAGUGCAAGAUUAUUUAUGUGGCCAGGAAUGCCAAAGACAACAUGGUUUCCUAUUUCCACUUCCACAAUAUGACCAGUAUAAUUCCGGACAGUGGCAGCUGGGAUGAGUUUAUGGAGAAUUUCAUUGCAGGGAAGGUUUGUUGGGGCUCUUGGUUUGAUCACGUUCAAGGCUGGUGGAAGGCUAAGGACCGUCAUCCGAUUCUAUAUCUGUUUUAUGAAGACAUUAAAGAGGACCCAGCCCGUGAAAUCCAGAAAAUAGCUCAAUUCCUGGGAAUAGAUCUCUCUGCAUCAGUUCUCAACCGGAUUGUGCAGCACACACAAUUUGAGAACAUGAAAACAAACCCAUUGGUUAAUUACAGCACCUUGCCCUCUCUGUUUGACCUAACUGUGUCCCCCUUCAUGAGAAAAGGAAUUGUUGGAGAUUGGAAAGCGCACUUCACUGUGGCCCAAAGUGAACAACUGGACAACAUCUGUGCUCAGAAACUUGCCUGCAAUGACCUUACCUUUCGCACACAGUUAUAAGCCCAUCUCUGGACCUCUCACCUUCCUGGCGACACACAUAGGGAAUGCUGAUCUUAACUACUCUAAGAAAUACAAGUCAGGAAACCACAGCAGCGUCCAGCUAACCAAAGUGUAUAUUUAGUGUUUUGUCUUUUUUUACUUUAAUGACUUUGUAGUCAUCAGUGAAUUUUAAUACAUUCUGUUAUGAUAUUGACAUAAAGAACAAGUCAAAUCUA